AGAGUACCACAAGUCAAUGGCCGCCCCCACAUUUCUUCUUCUUCAAUCUUUUCAUUGCGUUCAUUUAAAAAAUUCAAUGCUCUCUUUACUUCUAAACACUCUCUCCUCACAAAAAUACUCUGUUCCGAAGCAAACCCCAAUGCUAAAAGAUGGCAAAUGCUUCACUAUCUCUGUUUCUAUUUCUGUCUCUGUCUCUGUUUCUCUUCUCUUCACCAUCUGCGGCUAUUGAUUUCAUAACUUCCUCACAAAACCUCACCCAUGGCGCCACUCUUGUCUCCGCAAAAGGGUUUUUCGAAUUGGGUUUCUUCAGCCCAGGAAAUUCCUCCAAUCGUUACUUAGGAAUUUGGUACAAAAUCAUCCCAGUUCGUACUAUCGUUUGGGUCGCCAACAGAGAAAACCCCAUCACUAAUUCUUCCGCCGUUGCCCUUCUCAAAAUCAACACUACAACCAGCGAUCUCCUUCUUUUCGAGAACGAUGCCGUUGUUUGGUUUGGAAAAUCGUUAAAACCAGCCAAAACCCCCAAACUAAUCCUCUUUGACAAUGGAAAUCUGGUGUUGAAAGACGCUGAAUCAGAGAAAAUUUCAUGGCAAAGCUUUGAUUAUCCAACGGAUACAUUACUCCCCGGAAUGAAACUCGGAUGGGAUUUCGAAAACAGAAUCCAACGCCGAUUAUCCGCUUGGAAAUCCAAAGAUGAUCCAUCUCCAGGGAGCUUAACGAUGGAAAUGAUGAACACAAACUACCCAGAACCAGCGAUGUGGAAUGGGUCGCAAGAGUUCAUGAGAAGCGGACCAUGGAACGGCCUUCAAUUCAGCGCAAAACCCACAUCGGCUUUACCGAUUUUAGUCUACAGCUAUGUAAACAACAAAUCCGAGCUCAGUUACAGCUAUGAGCUCAUAAACUCUUCAUUAAUCGGAAGAAUGGUGUUGAAUCAAACGGUAUUUAGGAGAGAAGCUUUGUUAUGGUCUGAAUCUGAGAAGAUUUGGAAGCUAUAUGCGACUAUGCCGAGGGAUUACUGCGAUACAUAUGGUCUUUGUGGUGCGUUUGGGAGCUGUGACAUCGAGCAAGUUCCUGCUUGUCAAUGUUUAAGAGGGUUUCAUCCCAGAGUACAAGAGAAAUGGAAUUUGAUGGAUUAUACUGAAGGGUGUGUGCGGAAUAAGGCUUUGAAUUGUUCUGAUAAAGUUGGGUUUGCAAAACUUCCGGGGCUGAAAUUGCCUGAUACGAAGCUGUCUUGGGUUAAUCAAAGUAUGAGUUUGAAUGAAUGUAGAGAAAAGUGUCUGAGGAAUUGUUCUUGCGUGGCAUUUGCUAAUACUGAUAUUAGAGGAUCAGGGAGUGGCUGUGCUAUUUGGUUUGGGGAUCUUGUUGAUAUCAAAGUUGUUCGAAGAGGAGGCCAGGAUUUGUAUGUUAAAAUGUUGGCUUCUGAAUUGGAGACAAAGAAGAUGAGUUCGCUUGUCGUCGGCGUUAUCGUCGGAGCAACGGUUUUAGUGAUUGCUGGUCUAGUUUUGAUUGGAUUUUACAUGAUGAGAAACAAGAAGAGAAACGUAGAAGGAGUGGGCAAGGAUCUUGAAGGGCAAGAAGACGAUUUGGAACUCCCAUUAUUCGACUUAACAACAAUAUCUAAUGCCACUGACAAUUUUUCAAACUCUAAUAAGCUUGGAGAAGGUGGUUUUGGUGCUGUCUUUAAGGGUAGACUUAUGGAUGGACAAGAAAUUGCAGUGAAGAGACUUUCUAGCUAUUCAAGACAAGGAACUGAUGAAUUCAAGAAUGAAGUGAUACUCAUUGCCAAACUUCAACAUAGAAAUCUUGUAAAACUUUUGGGUUGUUGCAUACAAGGGGAGGAAAAGAUGUUGAUUUAUGAGUACAUGCCUAAUAAGAGUUUGGACUCCUUCAUUUUUGAUUCGGCUAGAAAGAAGCUUUUAGAUUGGUCGAAACGAUUCAAUAUCAUAUGUGGAGUAGCUCGAGGGAUUCUUUACCUUCAUCAAGAUUCAAGAUUGAGGAUUAUACAUAGAGAUUUAAAAGCAAGCAAUGUCUUGCUUGAUAUUGAUAUGAAUCCAAAAAUCUCGGAUUUUGGAAUGGCUAGAACAUUUGGAGGGGACCAAACCGAAGGAAAUACUAGGAGAGUGGUCGGAACAUAUGGGUAUAUGGCACCAGAAUACGCCAUCGAUGGACAAUUUUCGAUUAAGUCUGACGUCUUCAGUUUUGGGAUUCUAAUGUUGGAAAUCAUAAGUGGAGAGAAGAAUAGAGGGUUUUUCCGUCCUAACCACGCUCUAAACCUAAUAGGACAUGCAUGGAAGUUGUGGAAUGAAGGAAAGCCAUUAGAGUUGGUUGAUGCAACCAUUGGAGAAUCUUAUGCUUUAUCUGAAGUGUUGAAAUGCAUUCAUGUUAGCCUUUUGUGCUUGCAACAACUUCCUGAAGAUAGACCAACCAUGUCAAAUGUUGUUUUAAUGCUAAGUGGUGAGAGCUCAUCGGCACAACCAAAACAACCAGGAUUCUAUAUGGAAAGAGAUUCUCUUGAAGUAUAUUCUCUUUCAGGCAAGAAUGAAUCUUCUACUACAAAUGAAUUAACUAUUACCCUCUUAGAGGCUAGAUAACCCUCCCCUUUCUACAUGUUUUAGCUAUCUUUUUCAGUGCUUUAAAAUUGUCCUUCCUUUGCAUUUUCAUGUAAAGUGAGUUUUUCAUUGUUGCUUUUGAUUUUGUAAGAUCAAAUUUAGAAAGAUAUAUAGUGUUCAUAGUUGAAGGCUUAAUGAUUAUACUACUCACCAAUUUAAAUCCU